AUGUCUGAAGUACAAGGAACAGUUGAGUUUUCUGUAGAGCUACACAAAUUUUAUAAUGUGGAUCUCUUUCAGAGAGGGUAUUAUCAGAUCCGAGUGGCCCUGAAAGUGUCAUCAAGAAUUCCCCACAGACUGAGUGCUUCCAUCAUUGGGCAGUCAGAGAGCAGCAGCCUGCAUUCAGCCUUUGUCCAUGAGAGUGCUGUGCAUAGUCGGGUCUUGCAGAUCUUAUACAGGAAUGAAGAAGUUCCCGUAAAUGAUGUCAUGCUCUUCCGGGCUCAUUUGCUCUUAGAUGGUGAGAGGGUAGAAGAUGCGCUGAGCGAGGUGGAGUUUCAGCUCAAGGUGGACCUGCACUUUACCGAUAGUGAGCAGCAGCUGAGAGAUUUGACUGGGACACCGAUGAUCAGCAGUCGCACACUUGGCCUGCACUUCCAUCCCCGGAGGGGUCUGCACCACCAAGUCCCUGUCAUGUUCGACUACUUCCACCUUUCAGUGAUCUCGGUAACCAUCCACGCUGCCCUGGUGGCUCUGCAGCAGCCCCUGAUCAGUUUCACUCGUCCAGGAAGAGGCUCCUGGUUAGGGAAAGGCGGCCUAGACACAGGACCAGAACAGCCCAUGAUUUCUUUGGAAAACUUGGUCUUUGGAGCUGGAUACUGCAAGCCGACUUCUUCAGAGGGAAGCUUCUAUGUCCCCUCGGAGAACUGCAUACAGCAUGCACACAAGUGGCAUCGGGACCUCUGUCUACUGCUGCUCCAUGCCUAUCGGGGCCUCCGGCUCUACUUUCUAGUCAUCAUGAGAGACAUUCCUGAGCUGCCCACCAUGAAGCUGGAGGCCCUUGCUGUUGAAGAAACACUUUCUCAGCUGUGCUCAGAGUUACAGAUGCUGAACAACCCAGAGAAGAUAGCUGAGCAGAUCAGCAAGGAUCUUGCCUGGCUGGCUUCCAAUCUGAUGGCUUUGUGGACACAAUUCCUGGACACAGUGACCCUGCACUCUCAAGUGACCACUUAUCUCACCCAGGAACAUCACACUUUGAGGGUCCGAAGGUUUUCUGAAGCUUUCUUUUACAUGGAGCACCAAAAACUUGCAGUCUUGACCUUUCAGGAAAACCUGACCCAGACCCACAGCCAGCUGUCUCUGGAUAUCCGGAACUCAGAGUACCUCACCAGCAUGCCCCCACUGCCCGCAGAGUGCCUGGAUAUUGACGGUGACUGGAACACCCUGCCCGUUAUCUUUGAGGACAGAUAUGUGGACUGCCCUGCCUCAGGGCAUAAUUUGAGUGUUUAUCCUGAUUUUGAUGUGCCACUGACAAGGCCUGCAAUAAUGAAUCUAAAAGGGAAAGAAAAGAUUCUUACAAAUCAAAAAUCAUCUUCAAGAAAGGACCUUUCCUUAUCUACUACAAAAGCACCCCAGUUGGGCUCAGAUGAAGAUGUUGUUACGUGUUCAGAGAUGGAAGAGAAUGUCUCCACCCGGAAUCCUGUGGAUGUGUGCUCAGAAUCUCAAGUGUAUCUGACCAUUGGUGAAUUUCAAAACAAAACAGGGAUGCCUGAAGAGGAAGGCUGGACUGGCCCGAGACCUGAUGCUGUAAAAGAUUCACUAGCAGAUGUGGACAUGCGUAGAAGUCCAGGCCCUGAGGAUGGGCAGGCCCCAGCACUGACCUACCUUGAUGUGCAAUCUAGCAAUAAAAAUCACCCUAGAGCUGAGCCCAUGCAGGACCUUAAUGUUCGGCAUGAGCACAGUAGCUCUAGGGACAGCCAUGAUCUUAUUAAGACUGUGCCAAACAAAGUUAUAGCAGGAAUAAGUCAGAAUAAUGUCAUCUCCUUAAGCCAAACAGCUGCUCUUGAGUUCAGGACUCUUGGAAGGGGAGCAGAACAGGAGGGAAAACCUGUACUGCUGAGCCUGAAGCUCACCCCUGCUGAGCCCUGUGAUCCGAUGAGCACUGCUCUGAGGGAACCUUUGGACACCAGGCCUUCCCUGCUGGACCAUGCAGAUGAGCAGGAAGAUCUGUCAGUGCUCUCUGGUGUUAUCAAGAGGUCAGCCUCCAUAAUAUCUGACUCAGGCAUUGAGAGUGAGCCAAGCUCAGUUGCCUGGUCUGAGGCUCGAAGCAGGGCCCUGGAGAUACCCAGCGAUCGUGAAGCUUUACAUCAGGUGGUUCGGAGGCAUGCCCACCACAGGAACUCUUUGGAAGGCGGGCAUACAGAGAGCAACACUAGUCUGCCCAGUGGCAUCCAGGCUUCUCUUACCUCUAUCAGCUCUUUGCCUUUUGAAGAUGAGGAGCGGGAGUUGGCACUUACCAAGCUAACCAAGUCUGUCUCUGCUCCCCAGAUCAGCAGCCCCGAGGAUACUGCUGAAGGUACAGAUAGCUUGAAUAACACAGGAGUAUUUGCUGAAGACCUGAACAUUUCUAGCCAGGACAACAGUUCACCUAGAAACAGUUCCCAUACUUAUGGUAGCUCCAUGCUUCAGGAUGUCAGGGCAGGACAUUCCCUUGCAGAUAUAGCUUUAGAUUCUGACAGACCCCAGGGCCUUGGGUAUGUGGACAUCCGCAAAAGCAAAGAGAAUCAGCUUGAUUCUCCAGAACCUUGUUGUGUGGAUGGCAUGGCUGAAAAUACAUCAAGUACUGAAACCAAAGUUCUUAACUUAAAAAUACCAUGUACUAUAGUGCUUGAAAAUUCUAGGACCAGGUCUUUACAUAGAGCAGCAGUAGAAACCACAAAAGUCAAACCUAAAGAAUCGAGAUUGAGUAAACGCAUACCCUCCAACCACGUCUCAGAAGUCAGGGCUGCAUCUCACCAUAAGGUGCCUGAAAUCACUUGUGCACCAGCUGUUGAAGCUGUCAACCUGAAUUCUACAGGUGUACAAAACGGUUCACUAAGUGUCAAUGAUACCAUGACAUUGAACAGAAGACAUACUGCCUCUCUGGAGGUCAAACAUGAAGCAGGCACUGUGUGCCCCACUGUGACUCACACUAUUGCCUCCCAGGUGUCAGGAAAUCAGGAGCUGAAGACAGGCACUUCCAUCUCUGGGUCCCAAUUGAACUCCACAGAGGCCUUUACUCUGGAUAGCCUGAAGGCAGUGGAAGUCGUCAACUUGUCUGUGUCUUGUACUGCCACCUGUCUCCCUUUCUCAUCUGUACCCAAGGAGACCCCUGCUAGGGUUGGACUCUCUUCCAAACAAAACCUAGCCCCCAUUACUCAUCAACCUUUGGGUUCCUUUGGCGUCGUUUCCUCCCACUCCAGCAAGUUGGAAGAAGAAGUCAGUGAAAGGAUGUUUAGUUUUUAUCAGGCCAAAGAAAAGUUUAAAAAAGAACUGAAGAUUGAAGGAUUUCUGUACAGUGACUUAUCUGUACUAGCUUCUGACAUACCGUAUUUCCCACCAGAGGAAGAGGAGGAAAACUUGGAAGAUGGGAUUCACCUGGUGGUCUGUGUCCAUGGCCUGGAUGGGAACAGCGCAGACCUCCGUCUGGUGAAGACAUUCAUAGAACUUGGGCUCCCUGGGGGGAAACUGGACUUCCUAAUGUCUGAAAAGAACCAGAUGGACACAUUUGCAGAUUUUGAUACCAUGACGGAUCGAUUGUUGGAUGAAAUUAUUCAACACAUCCAGUUGUACAACCUCUCCAUAUCCCGAAUUAGCUUCAUCGGCCAUUCUCUUGGCAACAUUAUCAUCAGAUCAGUUCUCACAAGGCCCAGGUUCCGGUAUUACCUCAACAAACUCCACACAUUCCUGUCAUUGUCUGGGCCUCACCUGGGGACUCUGUACAACAACAGCACCCUGGUUAGUACAGGCUUGUGGCUCAUGCAGAAACUGAAGAAAUCUGGCUCCCUUUUGCAGCUGACUUUCAGGGAUAACGCUGAUCUGCGCAAAUGUUUCCUUUACCAACUUAGCCAAAAAACAGGGCUGCAGUAUUUUAAAAACGUUGUUCUGGUUGCUUCUCCCCAAGACCGCUAUGUGCCAUUUCAUUCAGCCAGGAUCGAAAUGUGUAAAACCGCCCUCAAAGAUAGACACACAGGGCCAGUGUAUGCGGAAAUGAUCAACAAUCUCCUGGGCCCUCUGGUAGAAGCCAAGGACUGUACUUUGAUCAGACAUAACGUGUUCCAUGCUCUGCCCAACACUGCCAACACCUUGAUUGGCCGCGCAGCUCACAUAGCCGUGCUGGACUCGGAACUCUUUCUUGAGAAGUUUUUCUUGGUGGCAGGACUCAACUAUUUCAAAUAGCAGCCUCCAGGGAACAGCUUGGGUGACUGGCCAGAGCUGUUUAAGAUCAGCUGAGUUCUUAGCUAGGUCAUGCUUUUCCACACCGCUGAAUUCCAGAGUGGAGUAAGAGAGUGGAAGGUGUGGAGGGAUCAAGCUGGGGUGGGGCUGGACACUAGAGAUGCUUGUAUUUGAGACAUUGGGGAAGCUGAACAAACAGUGUAAAAGACAACAAUGUUUUCUUGAAUUUGUCUAGCUUCCUAGAGUCUCAUUCAAGAUGUUUCUAGGGACAAUAUGAGAAAGUAAGAAACAGAACACGUGCCAUUGGCGAGCCCAGUGUUAUAAUCACUAUGGCUCAUGGGAACUGAUCAAACUUAACUAGAUUAUCCCAAUCUGUCACUAGGUCAUAGCUUUAUCAUGUGUUGAUUCAAUUAAGUGCACACAAACAUUUCAGAACUCAGGUUAACUUCUGUGUGGAAGUGGGGCAUCUUCCUGUAAAUAGAACCCUUAAUAGAUCAAACAUACUACUUGUUCAAAAAAAUUGCUAUAUUCAUGUUUUCAUCCUCUCCAUGUUUUCUAAAGAAAGGGCAAAGGAAAGUGUGACAAAUCCACAUUUUAUCUUGUAGUACCAGUAGGUAGUGUGGCUUAGAGAAAGUGGAGGUGAAGGUGACACUGUUGGUCAAUACAGGUUUGGUAUUAACAGAAAGAACUGAAGGGAGCAUAUUGAACAAAUUGUUCCACCUACUUCCUUAAACUUUUUCUAUGCAUUGCCUGGUCUACAGAUUGUUUCUGUGAAUGCUUACAUUUCUUUCUGAAGUAGGGAAGACUGAGAGAAGCUCUACCUAGCAGAAAGAGGCAGUCAGAUGAAUGUACUCGUGUGUGAAACUACCGCUGAUGCACUUCCAAAGAAAUGCUGUCCCAGCCCUGAAUGCAAGAGCAACUAAUCAAAACCCAUUAACAGGGCCAGCUGCUUCUCCUCUCCCUGGAAGGAGAAAGGCAUCCUAAGAGAGGCAUGCUGGGUAAAGAACCUCAGGGGAGCUCUAAGAUGGGUGCUGUUAUUUUUCAAUAGUGAUGUCUUCAUGCCUUAGGAAAAUAAAGGGCUAGGAAAGACCACAUUUGUAAAAACUAACAGAUAGACACAAGUAAGAUCAGAAUGGAGAACAAAAGCCAGACUGAAGACCCAACUUAAAGUGUUAUUGGUAAGUGACUGAUACAGAAGUUUUAAAAAUAACCAGGAUAUUUAAAAUGGUCUCUAAGUAUAAGUACACUAUGUAGGCGAAAUGGCAGAAAUAUGAAAAUGUAGCUAUAGAGAAGAAAUGCAUGAAACAGGACAGCAUGGAUAACAAUGCAGAGAAAGCCCCCCCCCCUUUUUUUCAGAAAUACCAUGUACAGUAUGGAAACCUGUCUGCCUGGGCAAAUGGACCAGGCUUGCAGGUCACUGAUCCCAUGAGAAGAAAGCUAUGGGAGUCUGGAUGCAUGUGAGAACUGUAUGUCCACACACAUUCCAUAAAUUCAGACCAUGGAAAAUAAGUUCAGACUGGUAGUUUGUAGGACAGUAAACUUGGGGGUGGUAUUGGGAGGAGACUGAAGGCUUUGCAAAGGUGGACCUCCCUACGGUGAUUUCAGGGUUUCUCUAUGGAUCAUUUCUGAAUUUCUUGAUAUCCUGGUCUCAAGGCAUGCAUUUCUCAUUGGGCCUUUUCCUGAUAUCCUGAGUCAGGCUUUGGGACAGACUCUGUCUACUCGAUGUCACUGACAUGCUGGUAUUGUUUCUUGGAGAAUGUUUUUCUCCCAGGACCUUCUGACCCAGACAGCUGCUGCUCCUUAGUGCGGCAAGGUCAGUCUGUAGCAAGUUCUUCCUUUUGGCUAUGUGUAGAGCCCUGCCCGUCAGGUCUGAUAUGCUCGUCUUGCGUUGUGUUUCCAGUCCUCAUCUGCAGCAUUUGUCAACCCCUGGUCAUUUGGAAAACCUUGUAGUAUUUAUGGAGCCAGAAUGAAUUUGAUGACCAUCGUCUUUUCCAAUAAUCAGAUGCCAUUUUUAACUUCAAUGUGCUGUCUGGACAUAGUGAGAACUAAUGGCAAUAACUGUCCAGCUGCAUGGCACACCUCUUUUAGGUGUCCUGCUGUCUUUGUAAACCCUAUCUGGCCACUGAGAAUCCAUCAUCAUCAUGUAGAAAGUGUCUUCAUGUAUUGUAAAUAAGAGCGUCAAGUAUCACCUGUCAUGCCUCAUUUGAAAAGGCUUUUAUAUGUCUCUUUCUAUUAAAGAAUAUAUAUAUAAUAUAUAAAUAUAUAAUAAUAUGUGUAUAAUGUAAACAUGGACAUUCUAUUAUUGGUUAUAAACAUGACAAACAAAAUGCCUGCCAAGGUAAUGAUCCAGUAUGUCUCCAUCCUCAGUUCUAUUUUGGGGUUUUGUUUGUAUGAUUUGAAACUUGCCCAAACUAGUUAGAAAUAAACAUUACUGAC